AUGAACUCUCACCGUCAUAGUAAUAGUAACGGUAUAACAAGUCAUGGAUCUUUCAGAUUAUUUAAUUUCAAAUCUAAAACAGCAAGAAUUCUAUUAAACAAGUCGAAGCUGCAACAAUUACAAUUAGCUUCAGUUCAUUCAAUAUUAGAUGAUAGUGAAAAUGAUCAAGAAAAUGAACCACCAACAAAAGAGGUACAUGAAACUGCAUUGAAUGUACCACAGGCUUUACGAUUUGAUGGUUCCAAUCAUUGGCCUGCAUUUAUUUCUGCAGUUAAUAAUACUCGAUGUAAAAACGAAAAAUGUUCAGAAAAGACAUAUUGGAAAUGUUUGAAAUGCAACGUACAUUUAUGUCUUAAUUCAAGUAAAAAUUAUUUUACUGAAUAUCAUACCAGAAAAUAA